GCAUAGAUCAAACGUUGAACGAAAAUAUAAAAUGAAACACUCUCUCUCAACGCAGACUUCAGAGACUUCAUCAAAGAAAAAUGAGUUUAGUGCUGAUUUGUGUCAUGCUAUUAUAGCAGCAAAUAUUCCAUUUAAAACAUUGGAGAACACUCAUUUUAGAAAUUUCUUGGAAAAGUACUGCCACCAGAAAAUCCCUUCAGAGUCGACACUUUGAAAGUAUUAUGUGCAACCUGCAUACGAAGAUAUUAUUUCCAGGAUAAGAGACUAUCUUAAGGACUCUUACUUGUGGUUCUCUGUAGAUGAAACAAUGGACAGUCUUGGAUGCUACAUUGCCAACUUGAUUGUUGGAAAGCUUGAUCCCGAUGGGCCAUCCAGAGCUUACCUGAUCUACAUGAAACAGUUGACUGAAACUAACCAUGAAACAGUGGCUCAUUUUGUGAACAAUGGACUAAAGAUAAUUAAUCCUGAUGAAGACAAAGUUCUUGUAGCCGUAACAGAUGCUGCUUCAUACAUGGUUCCUGCCAUGAAAACACUUAAGAUUUUUUUCCCUGCUCUUGUCCAUGUAACAUGCUUGGCCCAUGGUCUCAAUCGGGUAGCAGAGCAAAUCAGAGUAGAAUAUGAGAAGGUGAAUAAACUCAUCUCCUCUGUCAAGAAAGUGUUCAUUAAAGCCCCAUCAAGAGUGCAAGCUUUUCGGCAGAUGCUCCCAGAUGUUGCUCUUCCUCCAGAACCUCGUUGGGGAACUUGGCUGAAGGCUGUUAACUACUACAGUGAACAUUUCUCUGAUAUAAAGAAACUUCUGGACACUUUAGCGGAUGAUGCAGUUUGUGUAACUAAAGCCAAGGAAAUUUUGAAUGACAUUUAUGUUCAGAACGACUUGGUGUACAUCAAGUCUCAUUUCACAUUCAUUGCAGAUACUAUUACUGCUCUUGAAAGUAGUGGGAAACCGAUAUAUGAACAAAUUGAUCUCCUCAACAGAGCAAAGCAGAAACUUUGUGAUGCACCAGGCACUGCUGCAGAAAAAGUGAGGAAAAAGUUGGAUGCAGUGCUUCAAAAGAAUACUGGAUUAAAGUCCUUGUUUGUUGUGGCUGAUAUUUUGGCAGGAAAGAAGAGCAAAACCAAAAGUGAAUUCCCAGUUCAUCUUCUUCCAAGGUUGAAAUACUGUCCAUUAUCGUCAGUAGAUGUGGAACGCUCUUUCUCUGCAUAUAAAUUAAUUCUCAGUGACAAACGUUGCAACUUUUCUAUUGAAAAUUUGGAAAAAGUACUUGUUAUAUAUUGUGAAGCUAACUAUGGGAAACAGAGUGAAUAA